UCAACAAUCAACAACGAGACGCGUCGGAGCCAAACAAGAACAACGUGACGCGUUCUGAUAUAAACCCCGCUACGUCCUCGUUGGCUCCCGUCUCUCACUUGCAUCUCAGCACUCACCUCUUCGAUACAAACCUUCCUCGCCUUCAAACUUCAUCAGCAAUGGCCCCCAAACCUGCUUCCACUGCCGGCAAAGCCCCUGCCUCCACCGCUUCCAAGGCUCCCGCCAAGUCUGAAGGUUCAAAGGCUGCCAAAAAGACUUCCAAGCCAGCAGCAGCUGACGGCGAUAAGAAGAAGCGCCGAAAGUCACGAAAGGAGACUUACUCUUCUUACAUCUACAAGGUCCUUAAGCAAGUUCACCCUGAUACGGGUAUCUCCAACAAGGCAAUGGCCAUCCUCAACUCCUUUGUCAAUGAUAUCUUUGAGCGGGUUGCCACCGAGGCUUCCAAACUCGCGGCCUACUCCAAGAAGUCCACCAUCUCUUCCCGUGAAAUCCAGACAUCAGUGCGGCUGAUUCUGCCUGGUGAACUGGCCAAGCACGCUAUUUCAGAGGGAACUAAAUCGGUGACCAAGUUCUCUUCGGCAGGUGCCAAGUAAUCUCUGGAUUUGUAUUGCACUUGUAUUGUAUCGUAUCUGUACUCUUUAUUAUUUUUAUUCCCAUUUCCUUAAUUCUUGAUGCGUGCCGUGA